UGCCUAGCUCCCUCCCCCACACGCAUAAUGCUGCGGGUGCAACGCAACGAUCCUAAUCAAUUCCCCUCACCACCUAAUCCAAUCUUCGAAAACCCAAGUUCCCUUCUUCCCACGCUUAAACCUUAAAUACACUCGCUCGCUGCCCACGAUCCACUCCCUCCUCCUCCUCCAUCUCGCGUCCCUUCACCACUCACCCUUUCCCUCUCGCUUUCAUGGUCCUCACAUCCAUGGCUCCCUCUCCUCCCAGGCUCGCCUCUGCAGCCGUCAUCUUCCUCGCCUUCCUCUGCUGCCUCGCCGACAGCUCGCCGGGCUCGGCGCCCUCGGAUCUCCUGCAGCGCGAGUGCCUGGCGGUGCCGACGUCCCAGUUCCUGAGCUCCCUCAGAUCCACCGUCGAGGUGCUCAGGCAGGUCUCCGGCAUUGUGUCCCAGUUCGGCACCGUCUUCGGCGACUUCCGGCUCUCCAACGCCGUCACCGACUGCCUCGACCUGCUCGACUUCUCCUCCGACGAGCUGAGCUGGACCAUCUCCGCCACCCAGAACCCAAAAGGCAAGCACAACAGUACUGGGGAUCUCAGUUCUGACUUGAGGACAUGGCUAAGUGCUGCACUUGCAAACCAGGAGACAUGCAGAGAUGGGUUUGAGGGCACUAGCGGCAUUGUCAAGAGUGUCGUCUCCGGAAGUCUCAACCAAAUCACUUCACUACUCACACGACUCCUCACCAUGGUCCACCCAUCUUCCGGCUCCAACUCCGCCGCCGCUGCCGCCGGCGGCGGCAAGGGCCCGGGGCGGAAGCUCUUCAACGACAGCCCCCAGUUUCCUCGUUGGGUGAAAACCAAGGACCGGAGGUUGUUGCUAGCGAAUGGGGUGGCGGCGGAUCUGGUAGUGGCUCAGGACGGGAGCAGCAAUUUCACCAAGGUGGAGGAUGCGAUCGCGGCCGUGCCCGACUACGGGACGCGCCGGUUCGUGAUCUACGUGAAAAAGGGCGUGUACCGGGAGAACGUGGAGAUCAAGAAGAAGAAGUGGAAUAUUAUGAUGAUCGGCGACGGGAUAGACGCCACCAUAAUCUCAGGGAAUCGGAACUUCGUCGAUGGUUGGACCACGUUCCGGACAGCAACAUUCGCCGUCAGCGGCAGGGGGUUCAUAGCCCGGGACAUGGCGUUCGAGAACACGGCCGGCCCGGAGAAGCACCAGGCCGUGGCCCUCCGGUCGGACUCCGACCUGUCCGUCUACUACCGGUGCGCGAUCAGGGGCUACCAGGACUCGCUCUACACCCACACGAUGCGCCAGUUCUACCGCGAGUGCCGCAUCAGCGGGACCAUCGACUUCGUCUUCGGGAACGCGGCGGUCGUGUUCCAGAACUGCCAGAUCCUGGCCAAGAAGGGCCUCCCCCAGCAGAAGAACACCAUCACAGCCCAGGGCCGGAAGGACCCGAACCAGCCCACGGGCUUCUCGUUCCAGUUCUGCAACGUCUCGGCCGACUCGGAUCUGGCGCCCUUCGUGAAUUCCACGCCGACGUACCUAGGGAGGCCGUGGAAGUUGUACUCAAGGACCAUAUUCAUGCAGUCUUACAUGAGCAACGCCAUUAGGCCAGAAGGAUGGCUAGAGUGGAAUGGUGAUUUUGCCUUGGACACCUUGUACUAUGGGGAGUUCAUGAAUUCCGGGCCCGGGGCAGGCCUCACCGGGCGGGUCACAUGGCCCGGGUUUCACGUAUUGAACAACACGGCGCAAGCAAAUAACUUCACCGUGGCCCAAUUCAUAGAAGGGAACGCUUGGCUGCCGCCGACCGGAGUGGCCUACACCGCCGGACUUGGGAUUUAAGGCUGGUCUACAAAUCUAUCAAUAUGAUGAUGUUUUUUUUCCCCUAUCUCGGAAAAAACUAGCACAGGACACCAACAUCAUGGGGAUCCACUUACAACACUAGUAACUGCAGGUUUUGAACUCUCGACCUCGACGAUGAAGGAGAGACUCGCAACCAACAUAGCUACCUACGGUUGGGUAUUAAUAUGAUGAUGUUAUAUUUUGUGUACUUACAAAUUUGAUUCUUUCUUUGUCAAACAUAAUUAAAGGGUAUAAAUGAGGGUUAUUGCAAA